CCCCGGAGUCCUCCCGGGGCUGGCCGCGCCCGCCCGGACGUUCCUCCCGCGGCGCUCGGCUCGAGGCGAGUGCGGAGCUGGCGAGCGGGGCGCGAUCCGGAGAGCGGAACUGACGCGAGCGGGCUUCCGGGGGCGACCGGGGAGAGCGGGCGGCUGUGGCGGCGGCGGCGGCGGCCGGCGGGUCGGGGAGCGCUGCACCCGUCCGCGGCAGCGGGCGACGCAAGUUCCGGACCGGGCUCCGGCGGCCUCGCCUCCCGCCUCCCGCUGCUCUUGCUUAGCUGUCCUUCUGCCCCGAGCUCUCGGAGGGUGUCCCCGUCCCUCGCCUCAGCGGCGGCACCGUUCUCUCGUGAAGCACUCCCCCCAGCUCCAUGAAUGGAAAUCGGCUCCGCAGGACCCAUUGGGGCCCAGCCCCUGCUCAUAGUGCCCAGAAGACCUGGAUAUGGUACUAUGGGCAAACCCAUUAAACUGUUGGCUAACUGUUUUCAAGUGGAAAUUCCAAAGAUUGAUGUCUACCUCUAUGAGGUAGAUAUUAAACCAGACAAGUGUCCUAGGAGAGUCAACAGAGAAGUAGUUGAUUCAAUGGUUCAACAUUUUAAAGUGACUAUAUUUGGAGACCGUAGACCAGUUUAUGAUGGAAAAAGAAGCCUUUACACAGCCAAUCCACUUCCUGUAGCAACUACUGGGGUAGAUUUAGAUGUUACGUUACCUGGGGAAGGUGGGAAAGAUCGACCUUUCAAGGUGUCAGUCAAAUUUGUAUCUCGAGUGAGUUGGCACCUACUACAUGAAGUACUGACGGGACGGACUUUGCCUGAGCCACUGGAAUUAGACAAGCCAAUCAGCACUAACCCGGUCCAUGCCGUUGAUGUGGUGCUCCGACAUCUCCCUUCCAUGAAAUACACACCUGUGGGGCGUUCCUUUUUCUCAGCUCCAGAAGGAUAUGACCACCCUCUGGGAGGGGGCAGGGAAGUAUGGUUUGGAUUCCAUCAGUCUGUUCGGCCUGCCAUGUGGAAAAUGAUGCUAAAUAUUGAUGUUUCUGCCACUGCCUUCUACAAAGCACAACCUGUAAUUCAGUUCAUGUGUGAAGUUCUUGACAUUCAUAACAUUGAUGAGCAACCCAGACCCCUGACUGAUUCUCAUCGGGUAAAAUUCACUAAGGAGAUAAAAGGUCUGAAGGUUGAAGUGACUCACUGUGGAGCAAUGAGACGGAAAUACCGCGUUUGUAAUGUAACAAGAAGGCCGGCCAGCCACCAAACCUUUCCUUUACAGUUAGAAAAUGGCCAGACUGUGGAGAGAACUGUAGCUCAGUACUUCAGAGAAAAGUACACUCUUCAGCUCAAGUACCCACACCUUCCCUGUCUGCAAGUGGGGCAGGAGCAGAAGCACACAUACCUGCCACUGGAAGUCUGUAACAUUGUGGCUGGGCAACGGUGUAUCAAGAAACUAACAGACAAUCAGACUUCUACCAUGAUUAAGGCAACAGCAAGAUCUGCACCAGAUAGACAAGAGGAGAUUAGCAGAUUGGUAAGAAGUGCAAAUUAUGAAACAGAUCCAUUUGUCCAGGAGUUUCAGUUUAAAGUGCGGGAUGAAAUGGCCCACGUAACUGGACGUGUACUUCCGGCACCAACGCUCCAGUAUGGAGGACGGAACCGGACCGUAGCAACCCCAAGCCAUGGAGUGUGGGACAUGCGAGGAAAACAGUUCCACACGGGAGUUGAAAUAAAAAUGUGGGCUAUAGCUUGUUUUGCCACACAGAGGCAGUGCAGAGAAGAAAUACUGAAAGGUUUCACGGACCAGCUGCGGAAGAUUUCCAAGGAUGCAGGGAUGCCCAUUCAAGGCCAGCCAUGUUUCUGCAAAUAUGCACAGGGGGCAGACAGUGUGGAGCCCAUGUUCCGACAUCUUAAGAACACCUACUCGGGACUGCAGCUCAUUAUCGUCAUCCUGCCGGGGAAGACACCAGUGUAUGCGGAGGUGAAACGUGUAGGAGAUACACUUUUGGGUAUGGCCACACAGUGUGUGCAAGUCAAGAAUGUAAUAAAAACAUCUCCUCAAACUCUUUCAAACUUGUGCCUAAAGAUCAAUGUUAAACUUGGAGGAAUCAAUAAUAUUCUUGUGCCUCAUCAAAGACCUUCUGUGUUCCAGCAACCAGUGAUCUUCCUGGGCGCAGACGUCACUCACCCACCUGCUGGUGAUGGAAAGAAGCCUUCCAUUGCUGCUGUUGUAGGUAGUAUGGAUGCCCAUCCAAGCAGAUACUGUGCCACAGUAAGAGUUCAGAGACCCCGACAGGAAAUCAUCCAAGACUUGGCGUCCAUGGUCCGGGAACUGCUCAUCCAAUUUUAUAAGUCAACCCGAUUCAAACCAACCCGUAUCAUCUUUUAUCGGGAUGGUGUUUCAGAAGGACAAUUUAGACAGGUAUUAUAUUAUGAGCUACUGGCAAUUCGCGAAGCCUGUAUCAGUUUGGAGAAAGACUAUCAACCUGGAAUAACCUACAUUGUAGUUCAGAAGAGACAUCAUACACGAUUAUUUUGUGCUGAUAGGACAGAAAGGGUUGGAAGAAGUGGCAACAUUCCAGCAGGAACUACGGUGGAUACCGACAUCACUCACCCAUAUGAAUUUGACUUUUAUCUCUGUAGCCAUGCUGGAAUACAGGGAACCAGCCGUCCUUCACACUACCAUGUUUUGUGGGAUGACAACUGCUUCACUGCAGAUGAACUUCAGUUGCUCACUUACCAGCUCUGUCACACCUACGUACGCUGUACAAGGUCUGUUUCUAUCCCUGCACCAGCGUAUUAUGCUCACCUGGUAGCAUUCAGAGCCAGAUAUCAUCUUGUGGACAAGGAACAUGACAGUGCUGAAGGAAGCCACGUUUCAGGACAGAGCAAUGGACGAGAUCCACAAGCUCUUGCCAAGGCUGUACAGAUUCACCAAGAUACCUUACGCACAAUGUACUUCGCCUAACAAGUCCAGGUGUAUUCUCCGAGAAGAGCUGAAAGAUGAGUCAACAUACAAUGUAUGUUUCCAGUGGGGAUGCCUCCAGCCAUACAGAAGUCAACAUUAUGUAGGGGUCUGGUCCUUAUGUUGAGUCAAGGAAAAUUGUUUACUUUGUCAAGGAACACAGCACCGUUAUAUGCUAGGAAACCAGCCAGCUGCUUUUUUUUUUCUUUUUUUUUGCAGUCUCCUGUAGGAAGCAUCACAGUUGUUUAUUUUACUUCUUACACUCUAACCCUUUUAAUGCCUUUACCUCAAGUUGCUUGGCAGCACAACUAUCUUUGCAAAAAAGUAAAGAAAAAGUGAAUGAUGGUUUAAAAACACACACCUACACAAAUAAUGAUUGUUUAGUUAUAUGUGCAGAAAAAGUAAUGUGCAUUCAUCUAGUCUUGUAAAGGAGUCUGUAUUUUCAAUACACACUGUAUACUUCAUGUGCAUAUAUAUAUCUAGAUCUAGACUAAUGAUAUAUAUGUGUCUGUGUAUAUAUAUUUUCUAGGUCAUUCCACUGGGGAACUUUCUUUUCCUUAUUCCCCCCUUAGGCCACCUUCAUUUCUUUCACCACCUCCUUUGCCUUCAGCAUCUAUACUUUUGUCUCUAUAGCUACAGAUGCCAUUCGAAGUAAGGCAUGGCAAACUAGAUUUCUGUUUUAAUUUUAUGUACCGUACUCCUAGCUCCUAUCUCAUGCACAGUUCUGAGUUCUUGGCUCCUGAAGCCAUGUUUCUGAGUGUCUGCUCUUUUUUGCUUGGACUCACCUCUGCUGUGUGCACUGUAUUCGGAAACAGUGGCAACCUGAGGAUUCGUUUCUGCAGUGAGUUUGUUAAAGCUGCUAUAAGGACAAAGCCUUGUCAAACAUCUUUCUGAUCAGUGAUGAAUAUUUUAAAGCCCCUGUUUGUAUGAGUUAUACCUGGAAAUCCUUUAAGGCUUUUAUAAAGGGUAAAUAUUUUAAAAACUGAAACUCUAUAGGAUGGAAAAAGAAAAGGAAUCGGGGUUGUUUUCAUUUUGUUUUUUGCUAAUUUACUUACUGCCUUCAUACCUUAAUGUGAUUUUCACAUAUAUAUAUUUUAUAUAUGUGUAUAUAUAUAAACAUAUAUGUAUGCUGAAGUAUAGCUCCUUUUGUUUUUAUAUUCAUUAGAAUAGUGCUUUAAUAAUUAUAAGCUGUAUUGGCUACAUCUUUUAUAGAACUGUAAUCAUGUUUAAGAACUGAGACUAGUUUUUUGCUCUCUUUUAGUGCAAUAAGCAGUUUUAAAGGAAAGUUGUCUGUCUUCACCACAGACAACAGGAAGGACAGACACCUAUGACAUUUAAACAGGGCAAAGUAAUACAGCCUUAAUUUCAGAAAGAGUUUCACAAUUUUCAGUUUUAAAGCAAGUUCUUAAAAAAUCAUAGUCAAGGGAGAAAAGCCUCACCUAAGAGGUCAGGAACAUAGUUGAACUUCAGUUUUUAAAAAACAACAGUGAACAGGUUAAGAUUUAAAGAUUUUUUUUUAAUUGUGUUAAAACAUGUCUUACUUACAGAAUUGUGCUUCUUUGACUAAAAGGAAUCAAGAAAAUACUAGAUGAUUUUUUUUCUAUCUUUUUACCAAUGUAACUUUCUUUUUAAAAUUAAGAUGGCAAUGACAAAGCAAUUUAGGACUUUGAUCAUUUAAAAUUAGUUACAUUUCUUAAAUGUGGAGAAAACUCUUUAAAAACUUAUUUUUCUCCACUUCUUUAAUCAAUAACUUUAGUUGAUUACUCUAAAGCUGUCAAAGCUGAGUUUCUCAGUGAUGUCAGGUCCAGGGAAUUUUGCACUUUGUAACUCAUGACAAUUGCCUUUAGAUUUCUCUGUUGUCCUUGUUUCCAUAUGGUUCUGACAGAUGCAAUGGGCACUGUCAGCCUUUCAGAACUCCAGCUGCACGUGAACAAUAAUGGAUUUAGAUCUUUAUUUGUGCUCUUACCUUAAUCCACUAUUAUUGCCAAUUUACUGUAUUUUGAGCCUAAAAUCUGAGCCCAUGUCCUCCCAUAGGCAUGAAUUCUUUUGUCUCUCUGUCAGAAAACUAAAGAAAGUACUGUAUUUUAUACAUGUAUUGCUUUGGAGUAUCUAAAAGCAAUUCUCAAUAAUGUUUCAAAGCACUUUACAAAGGAUAUUUAUGUAGUUUAUACUUUUUUUUUCCUUCCUUCCACAAUAUUCCCAUCUCAUCGCUGGCAAAAGAAUACUCCUUACAAUAUUAUUUGGGGUUGUUUUGCUUGCUUGCUUGCUUGUUUUGGAGACAAAGUCUCUGUUGUCCAUGCUGGCCUCCAGUACUGGGGCUCCAGCAGUCUUCUCACCUCAGCCUCCCUGGGAGUUGGGACCACAAGGUUCCUGGCAUCAUGCCUGUGUGUUGGGGAACAUGGACAGGAGAAGAGAAUGAUGCAGCCUCCAUGGUAAAAGUUUGACUGGCCUGUGUUUGUUCAGUAUAAGUAAAAUAUCUUCUCUUUUGGCCCCUGCACAUAUUCAUGUGAGGAACUUUAGGGAGCAACUGUCCUUUUCCUGACCUUUGAUUUCAUACAUGCCAGAGGGAAGCCCUUACUUUAACUCUUAUUUGAAAAGAUUCUUUAAGGGGAAUAUUUUUUUCUAAUAUGUAAGAUUUUAAUCUUUUGAAUGAUUUCUUUUUGUAGAAUGCACUUACAUUGUUCAGUCUUGCUAGUUUAAGAAAACUUAGAAUAUGUAGAGUAUAUUUCUAUUUUACCUACUAAUAAACUGGUAUACCAAACCUAAUGCCAACAAACUUUGUGUUUAGAAUUUUAAGAUAAAAAGGCUUAUGGAAAAUACUUCUUGAAUUUAUAACUAAUUAUUUUUACACUUCUGGGUAGAAUUCCCAAUCUUUUUACUAAGCUCCUUUAGUUUAAACAUCAUGAAACCAUAGUAACUUUUGUUUUCUACCCCUACUCUUGCUCACUAGUUGAUGAAUGUUGGCCUGAAGUUUUUUUAUGGUAUGUCUCAUAAGACUGACGAAAAUGUCAAUCUAAUCAACUUGUAUAAUUAAUCUUCAUGUGAAGAAAAGUUGGGAAACUAAUGUUUAUUCUUGAUGGCAAAUGUGUCUGUGGAGUGUGCAUGUUACAUGUCUCUGUAUUACAGUAUCAAAGCACUGGCAUUGAGACCAUAUGUUGAUAAUUCUAUAGCUGCUAUAUUUAUUUACAUAGAGUCUGACCUUUGCUGCACUAAACAGUAAGGAGAUGAGUAAGAAGCCAGACUGGUGUCAGAUCCUUUGACUUCUUAGAUAAGUUUAGGGAUGUAAAAUAUGAAGGUAACAAACAGUAGGUACUUGAAACAGGGCUAGUUUCAAUCUAAUAACAGAAUACCUUUGCUCUAGAAAUGUAGACUUUUACGUUGACAGUCUACAAAGUUUUCUCAGUCCUUGCCUUUGGCACACUUUUACAGAAAUGUGGAUGGCCUUUUGUUUUAUUGAUAAUUAUCUUUUAACAAGUUUUCCAGGAAAAAAAUAGUCUGGAAACAUCUCUGCUUAUGAAAUAUUAGUUUACUUUUCUUCCUAAAGAGAAUCUAGAAGGGACUCCAAUAGGAAUGUUCUGUGUGUUUUAGAAGGUACUUGGUAAAGAUUCAUCUUUACCUUCUAGCAAGGAGACUUUUCACCUUCAAAAGACCCAUACUAGUUUUCCAAGCCAAGCUCUCUUUGGUCCCCACAGGCUAAUAUGGACUUGCACAUUGUCCUGUGGAUCUUAGGAUAGCAGACUUGAGGUGUGUCUUAGGAAUCAGAAACUAGCUAAUGUUGAGUAGAAAUGGCUCCAAGAUCUCAGUCAGGAACAGGGUUAGCACUUGGAGACCAACAAUUGAAGUGAAGCCCAGAGAGAGGCCUAACCAAAACAUGGGGUGGGGCUUUUCAUGUGCUUAAUUCUUAGGAAAUUCACCGAGCUAGCCAUUUGGACACUAGUAGAGUAGUUCCCUUUCUGUUUCAAACCUUGAUAGUAAUGUUUUGCCAAGAAGUUUAACUGACAUCUCAGCAUAAUUAUCACUGGGUGUCAUUAAACUGAGUUAUAUGUUCAAUUAAGCCAGGUGUAAGGCACACCUAUAAUCCCAUCCCCCGGGAGCAUCAGGAAUUCAAGGCCAGCCUCAGCUACAUGAGACCAUGUCUCAAAACAACAGCAAAGAGUUUGUUUACCUUGUCCCUGUAGGUACUCUCCUGUUGCAGAGAAAGGCUACUCUUCACAGUUCAGUUUAAGUAGUUUACUUACCUCUUAUGAGUUAAGUGAACUCGUCAAAAAAAGACAGUUCACUUGCCCAACAUUCUUGAUUCAGCUGCUUUAUCCAUAUGAAGUGUUAGUCCUUUUCCCUUUGGGGGAAUUUGUAGAUAUUUUUCAAGAUUUAAUAAAAACAGUUGGAGAACUUUACAUUGAGUGAGGUCUUCCUGAGUCAUGCUAUAAUCCUAAUUUAGUGUCUUUGUUUUCCUUUCCACUUAACACAUAAGCAUUUCUGUGAUUCUGUAAGAGCCACAAACUAAGCCAAGAAUAAGUAUGUAAAGUCGAUACAGUGGGCAGGGAGAGGGCUUAGCAAGUAAAGGCACUCACCAUCAAGCCUGAGAACUCAGCUGAGUCCAAGCCUUGGUGCCCUAGUAGUGAAAGAGAGAGCCAAUUCCCAUAAGUGUCCUCUGACCUCCAUUCACACGCCAUGGCACCACUCAUGCAGGCUCAAGCAGAUGUGUGUUCACACAUGCAAAAAAAUAAAUGUACUUUUAAAUUCUUUAAUUUUAAGUCAGUAUAAAAAUCAGAAAGGCAGCUGGACUUAGUGCAAGCCUGUGAUCCCAGUAUUCCAAAGGCUAAGGCCAGAGCAUCUAGAGUUUAAGACCAAUCUUGGCCAGUUUGAGGCCAGUCUGUGAUAUAGUAAUAGUCUGUCCCCGACUCUGCCAAACCCCCUUGCCCAAAAAAGAAAAACACAAGACAAAAGAAAUCAGAAAGAUAAUUGUCUCUAAAGAAUCUUGGCAAUGAUAGAUGUGAUGCUGUGAUUAAAUAAGCCCAAGCUGAGUCCUGGGGGAGGAAGGUGUUCUAUACAUAAACAAACUGCAUCACAAGAGGAAAAUUAUUUUUACUUUUAUUCCUACUUCUAAAAAUGCUACCUUUAGCCAGGUGCACGGGGGUACACACCUGUAAUCCCAGCACUCAGAGAGGCAGAGGCUAGUAGGUCUCUGAGUUCGAGGCCAGCCCGGCCUACAAAGCAAGUCCAAGACAGCCAGAGCUAUCAUACAGAAAAAACUCUGUCUUGAAAAACCAAAGUAAAUAAACAAAUUAAAAUGGUACAUUUUACGUUUGUAAUUUUCCCUGUAAGUCAGCAAUUUUAAAAUGAACAAGGCUUCUGUUGAUAUUAUCUAUGGCCAGUUGAAAUUUACCUCACCCAUUGAAAAGAGUGCCCUAGAGUUUUAUAUUACCAAUUAAGUCUUAAGACUAUUUUGUUCUUGAAGCAUGGAAGUUACUGACUUGAAUAAAAGGAUGGUGAACUUCAGUUUGGAAGGUUGGAUUACCAGUAGAAGAUGGUGUUAAAGUUAACAAACAGUGUGACAAAAUUAGGAUCUUCUCAAAUUGUCCAGCCAGCCAGUGUACUCCAUUCCUUUUUGAAACCAAUGUCUAAAGUCUGCUAUCAUCCUGUGUUAGGGUCUCAGUAAAGAGGUCUUUCAGGGUAGACACUGAAUUUGGGGUUUAAAUCCUUUUUAAAAUAAAGGUGGCUCUUAGAAAGUGCCUUUUCUGAAGAUGGUGCUGUAGAUUUUUGUUUCAAAUAGCAUAAUGCUAAAAAUUUUAAAGAUAAUUUAGAAUACCAAGAGUAUGACAGCUUCAUAUAAAUAAUGUUAUUUGUUGUCCUGAAUAUGGCCUAGAGAACCAAGGGACUUUUAUGUAGUAACAUGUCUAAGUCAAUGCUCACCAAAUAGAUUCUGUAAAUUUAAAAGUAUAAUUUUUAAUUCUCAGCUACGUUUGAAAUAAUGUAUGAGGUACAUAAGAUAACAGGUGUAAUAAGUGCCGCAAGGCAGGGGUACCGUGCUGGAAACUGUUAUUAUGAGCUCCUUUUCCCUUCUGCAUGGAUUACCUCCUGACCUAAUCUAUCCUAAUGACUCAUCAUUGAGGAAGAGUACUUACAAAGGAAAGAGGUACAUCACUGAGAUCAGUUUAAGAGAGAAAGCAAAGUGAUUACAGCUCUAUCUGUAGGGAAAUUCCAUUUUCUAGACACUAGUGACUACUUUAAAUGAUUCCUGUUCUUCUGGGGUGGAAGGAUGGUGGAAAAUGGCAGAAAGAGGGCGUGGUUGUGGUUUAAGAAGCGUAACUCACUGGAGGAGUACAUGCCUCCUUAGCACAUGCAAAGCCCUGAUUGUGUCCCUAGCACUAGAGAAAGAAAAAAAUGCAAAUUUGCACUGGGGGCGGGGAAUAAGCAUAGUAAGACCAUUCAAGCUCACUAGGAACUCAGUCAUCUGUUAGAAAGCAGCUUUUCCUUACAGCAAAAAAAGCAUAAGUAGCACAAAAGUUCAGCUUAACCAAUUUCUGCUUGUGAAUCUGGUGAGCAUUCCUUCAGAAGAUAACUACACUAACAACCAACAGAAAACACCACAUCUCAGUAACCCUGUAUGCUGUAUUAUGUAAUAAUGAUGGUAAAUUAUACCGAUUAUCUGGCAUGUACUGUGUCUGUUUGCACAUUAAACUUUCAUUUUUAUGUCUUAAUAGCAAUUAGUAGUUUAUUUUUAAGAUUAAUUUUUCUAUUGUGACAUUUAUAUUUAUUGGCAAUUUGUGUGCAACUUUUGUACUUUGCCCAGGUGUUGGAUUUAAGGUAUUUUAUUUUUAUAGAUAUUUCUAGUUUUUUUCUUUCUUUGUAACAUUAGCAGAAAUUGAGAUGGUAUAUUAAUAUAUCAACCAAACUACUAAUUCUAUAUAGUUUGGAUUUUUACCAAUAAACUAUUAAUGCUAUUUUCUAAUUUAGAAUAUUUAAUAUUUUAUAUAACGGGCAUUAAAGACAGUCUUCAAGUGGAUUUCUACAUAUAGAUAGGAAGAAGGGUCUCCUAAGUUAGGCUUGUUUUUCUCCUUCAUUUGGUAGCAGACUAACACUAACAAACUGGAUUUAUUUUACUUGAUUGUAGUUUGGGGAAAGUUGUCAAAUAAAUGAUUAUUUAGUUUCUUUUUUAAGCCUAAGGCACAUCGUUCAAGAUUGUGAUUCAUUUUUAUAGUCAGGAAGACAAAUAGAAAAGGAUAUACAAGUUGUUGAUAAUUGACUAUGAAAUGGUAUUUUCCUUCCCAUAAUUGUUUGGAAAAUUUGCUACCCUGAACUUUCCUAGAAUAGUUUUAAAGUUGAUUCAACCCUGAGUAUCUGUGAAUAAAGAGUAUAGGUGUCAGGGAAGAGCAGGCAUAGACUGAUAGAGUAGUUCAGCUAAUUAAAAUUUACCUCAGUAGGUUGUGAGUGAUGGUGCAUGGCUUUAAUUGCAGUACUCAAGAGGCAGAGGCAGGCUGAUCUCUGUAAAUUGCAGGCCAGCCUUGGCUGCUUAGUGAGUUCCAGGCCAGCUGGAACAUACUGAGACUUUAUCUCCAAAAAUACAAAAAUCAACAACAAAAGUUUAACUGAGUAGUAACAUGAACUAAUUGAAAAGCAGUGAAAAGUAUGAUUAUAGAAUAUUAAUUUCAAGUGUAUAUAAUAAUGCAGUGUUUUAGUAGAUCAGUAUCAUUUAUAUUGGCACAUUAACUCCUUUAAAUAUAAGAAUAUGAAAAAGAUGUAUUCCCUUAAGAAGGAAAAAUAUUUCCAUCAUAUUUUCACAUUCUUAAUUUGCUUGGUAAGGAAUUAUUCUUUCCUGUGAAAAAUGAAAAGACAAUUUAUACCCUUUCUUGAAUUUUUAAAAGUCAAAUUAUUGAAGCUGAAUGCAUUUUACUUCUCUCACUAUAUUCUGUUCUUCCACUGAGAGGGAAGAAUAUGGGAAAAUUUUAAGUACUUGCAAAUAGGAAAAUAUUUUAAUAAUAAGUAAAAACUUACACUGAAAAAUGAAUCAGCAUGUGAUUUCAUGUAGACGUUAGCUAAAUCAUUUCUGCAUUUUUCUAGUUACAUACAUUGCUUUAUUAUGUACCUUCUGAGUUCCUUCCUUCCUUCACCCCCAGAAUAAGUACUCAUUGAAUGUCAAUGCUCUGAUCUUAAGAGCUUGUUAACUAUUAAGUACAGACUACUUCAACUUUUUUUUUUCUGCAAGUAUAGAUAGGUACCCUUAAUUACUGUUUGUAACGUCAAUUUUAUCAUAUUUCAGCAUUGUUCUGGAUAGAUGGGCAUACAGUUCUUUUAGACUAAUGUUUUAAAGACUGUCUGUAAUCUAGUUUUCCUUUCUGACAGCUUUUGGGUACCAGAGCUUCCAUGGAAGGCUCCACACAGCCAAAUACCUGGCAUCAUUGCCACAUUAACAGUGAAAUACUGGGUGGCUUGUUUAAAGUUUACAGUCCACUUCUUCAGAACCAAGUAUCUGUGCAGUGAUGUGUAGGUCAUCCCAUAACAGAACCUUCAGGAACAGUCUUGUGAGUAAAGAGGAUGGGCAAGUUGGUCAGAAGACCUCCCUGUGUUUGUUUUAUUCUUCCAAGUUACAGGCUGUGUGCAAGUUCAUAAUUUGCGGUUUAAGAGGGCUACAUCAGUGGCUGGGGAUGUGGCUUAUACACAAGAGUGCUUGCCUAGCAUGCAUAACACCCUGAGUUCAACCCUAGUGGUUCACAAAUUGGGCUUGGUGACACACUCCCGUAAUCCCAGUACUCAGGAGGACCAGAGUUCAAGAUCAUAUUCGAUUACAUACUGAGUUGGGGGCCAUCCUCGGAUACUCGUGACAAUCUGCCUCAGAGACUAGGCAGGGAAAUUACUCUGGCAUUUCGUGCCUAAAGUUUUCAAUUUCAUGACUUGUUUGGAAAACAAACAAAACUGCCUUGAAUUAACCAUUUGAUAAUCUUCAGCUCAAAGAAGGAGUGGCUCACAUGUGUUGUGUAUGUGACCCUGCCUUUAUCAAAAGGAUCUGUGAAAACGGGAGACAUUCCUAAAGACAGUGACCAGUGAGACUGUGAGAGCAGGUAGUGAAGGAAAACAAGGUUCCGUUUCUUUGCUGGGAUCCUAGAAACCAUAUAAUUAUUAUUUUCCAAGUUUGUAAAAAUCACAGAUAAUGGAGCAGUUGUUGCUGUUUGCCACAGAUGUCAAGGAGGGGUUUGUAAUGGAGACCUUGAAAUGGACCUGCUUGUCCCAAGCCCAGAGCUGUGCCUGAUCUAACAUCGUAGAAGUCACCUCUGCAUUAUAGUGAGAUCUCAUGAAGUGAUUCUCCUUAAGUGGGAGCCUGCGUUGCUGUAGCUUUGGUGGGUCUCUCCUUCGAAAACCCCAGUCUGGGCCUGGCCAGACUUUCCUGUAAGGACUUGGGGGAAGCACUGGUAGGUUAGAAUGAAGGAACAAUCUGCACAAAUGGUCCCAUCUGGUUUGGUGCCAGGGAGUUAGUAAGAGGAAACUCUGGGUUUUGUAGCAAUAGACGUGAUCUCUGAUGAUGACUAAUUGCAAGUACCUCCCUUUUCACAAUCAGGGAAUGAUCCUAUUGUUAUGAGGACCUUGCAAACCAACAUGUGUUCUUUCCACAUUCAGAAACUAGGAACACAGAAGCCUAGUGGUUACUUCAGUGGUAAAGCACAAGCAUUGCAAGCACAGACCUGCCACUCCCCCUUUCCAAAAACCAACCCCAAGAACAGCAAGCAUGAACUGUUGGAAUCUUUUAGAAUAGAGAUUGUCUGAAAUCCUUCCAGGUGCCCAGGGCACAGCAUUUUCUCCUUUUUAAACAAAACAAAAAGGUUUAUAGGCAGUUUGCAUAGACCUAUACUAUGGGUAAAUAAUUGGGGAAGAAAGGCCAUUUGCCUGAAGUUCCUGCUUGAUCAAAAGGCAAUUUUAGCCAGGCAUAGUGGCACCCAUCUUUAAUCUCAACAUACCAGAAGGCAGGGCAGUCUCUGAUUUUGAGACCAGCCUGGUCUGCUCACAAGCUUCAGACCAAGAAAAAGAAGUUUCUUAUUUUUUUUUUAAUACAUGGUUUCUUAAAUAUAUUUUUAAAUAGUUGAAUUGGCUAAUACUCAGACAACUUGUUCUUCUUAAUUUACAUAUUUCUUGCUUUCUUAAACUGUCUAUUCCUCUUAACUUGGAUAUUUAUUUGACUGCAGUUGUUAUAGAGAUGUAUUUAUCACUUUCAACUUCUUGGUGUGUAUAAAAAUGUAUACAAAAAGUAUUUUAGGGCCUAGAGAGAGAUGCUCAACUGUUAAGAGCAUUUGCUGUUCUGUCAGAACCUGAGUUCGGUUCCCAGUACCCACACUGACAGCUCACAAAUGCCUCACUCUAGCCCUUGAGGGAUCUGAUUCCCCCUCCUGGCCUUAGUGGGCACACACACACACACACAUGCACACACACAAACACACAUGCGUGCGCUCACAUGUGCGCUAGGUCAUACAUUUGAGUCUCAGGUCAGCCUGGGCAAUAUAAGACCCUGUCUCUAGAAAAAAAAAAAAAAUCCAACCCAUUUCUAGUCAGGCCCAGGUUGUAAGAGGAACAUAAAGUGUUUUCAAAUGUGACUUUUGAAAGGUCACAACUCAAAAGGGACUAUUGAGAAAUUAUUUAUACCUUUGAGGGCCAGAGACUUGGGUGUCGCUCACAGUAGCUCUGCAUUCCUCAGGCAUUUUCUUUACUCUCUCCCCAUGGCUCCCUGUAGUGAUGGUACCUGCCCUCACCUACCUCACCAGUCUUCUCGAGAAUCAAUCUGUUUGUGAAUAACACUUGACUUCCCCAAAGGAAAGGCUAUUCAGAAGUUCAGAGUCAUAGAGAAGGUUCUGAGGGUUCCUUUCCAGUUGGUCUCUGUGGAAGUGUCUUCAUUAUGGUAGGUCCUUUUAUGAACCAAGUGUGAGAAGCAUGGAGGCAUUCUGAUGUGGUUUUCCAGGGUGUCCCAUCCCUUCCCUGCCAGAUGUCCAGGGCAUGGGCACAGUCUUUCUUUGUAAUAAUCCCUCGCAAAAACAUACGUUUUCCAAAACCAAAUUUCUUUCGGUGGUGCUGAAGUGGUUGCAGCUACACUUUGAGUUAAGGGUGAAGCCAGCAGGCUCCCAGAUUUAACUUGACCUGUCAUCUCCAGGUGCCUGUGUUUCUUGUCUGCCCCAGCUGCUGUUCUGCGGGGCCUUACUCAUCCUGUGCUUCUUGGCAGAUGUUUGGCACCUUUCCUUGGGAGAGGUUGGCAGGUUCUAAGAGAAAAGUGUGCUGAUUUCAUUUAUCACUUUACAGAAUGGAACUGUGCUCUACUUUAAAAACUCUAAUCAUUUAUCUCUAAAAGUUAAAACAUAAGCCAGCCACCUCUAGUUCCAGUAUGCAGGAGGCUGCAGCAGGCAGAUCACCAGUCUGAGGCCAAGCCUACUUAGGGAGACCCUCUCUCAAAAGUCAGAGAGACAGACUGGCUGCAGGUGACAUUGGAUAAAUGACCCAGGGAUCCUAUGGAGUAUAGACAGGACCUUACAUUUCAAUGGACUUCAACAAGAAACCCAUUUCCAUGUAGGAUGGGGGCUCCUGUGUCUAGGAAGGGCAUAUCACCACAGGUAUGAACAGUGCAUUUUUGCAACAGACAAGUUUGUUGCUUUUGUUUUUGUUUUUUAAAGAAAAAAGGAUAUAUGUUAAGUAUACAGGGUAUGGAUGAAUUCAGUGUUUAUUCUUAUCUCUACUGAUACUGACCUUUCAUUCCCACAAACAUUUGGACCUUUCCAACUUCUUGCUAAGAAAUACGGCAUCUGUGAUUAGUUUAAUAGAACAGUUAGAGUUACAAGGUGAGAAGUUGGAAAGUUUUCUGCUUAAAAAUAAAAAAAUAAAAAAAAAAGCUAGGUUGGUGACUCACACCUGUAAUCCCAGCACUUGGAAGGUAGAGGUAAGAUAGGAGGCUUAUCUUAAUUUCCAGGCCAGCCGUGACUUUGUAGCGAGACCCAUCUCAAAAAAAAAAAAAAAAAAAAAAAAAAAAAAAAAAAAAUCCACUGUGUGCAGUGCAAUAGCUAACACUGAUACAUCAGAACACUGUUGAAUGUUUGUACUGUAAUGAGUAGCUUUAAUGUCUCUCUCAGUUAUGGACCCAUAAAAGUAUUACUGUAUCUUCUAAAUAAAUAUCUGUGUGAACUAACAUGUGGGUGCAUCUGUAGGCUGUUAUGUGUGUCUAUAUGAAUACUUUGUAACACUAUAUGGAUUCGUGUUAAAUAGACAAAAUAAUAUAUUGUUUCUUUCAUGUUGGGAAGACUAAAAUGGCAGUAUGACCAUUCCCUUGCAACCCUACCCCUCAUUCAAGAUUCCCUUGUACACAAAGGGUUAUUAACUGCUCCUACUUUAUACAAUUGCUGCUUCAUUUAAACCCUGGUAAUGGAGUAAGAGCUAACGUUCUUCUUAAAGGGAUCUCUUUGAGGAAUGAAACGUAAAUUAGAAGACAUGUUGGAAGGUGGAGCCACCUACAAAGUGUCCUCCAUAUGGGUAGCCUUUUGAACUUACCUUUUAAUCACCUUGACCACGUGUGCCUAUUUGUAUUACAGAUGUGAACUUCUAUUUCAGAGUUAAUAAGAGAAUGUUUUGAAACCAAAAUAUUACAUAAAUUCAGAGUAAUCUUUCCCACCCUCUUCUCAUAUUCCCAGCUCUUGCCAAAUAUUCCUGCCGACAACAGGGCACAACAUGGGGUUCUAACCCCCUUCCUCACCAUCCCUUCCCACAGUAGCUCUGACAUAUGCCUGAGCUCUCCUCAUAGUCUUUGUUGGCUUUUCAUAAGAAACAAUAGUUUACUAUAGCGUUUAGACUGCAGCAUUUCAUGUUUGUCUAUCUGCUGCCUUUUUACAUAUUUGGCUACAUGCUAACAUCAGGUAAGACACUGGAAUGGGUCUGAUCUGUGUGUUACUAUGGGACCAGAAAAGAUACAGGAUGGUGAACUUGGCUGCCAUAUUUAUGAAGAGGAAUUGGAACUCUGUUGGGAGUGAUGUGUGUGAUGACUAUGUCAUUAGAGUCACCAAAUGUUGAAUUAUCACUGUGUACUGGGUACCAGACUCUGAUCUGUCAUGUUAACUCCUUAAAGAUGAUAUGUGAAUAUUGAGAGCAGAAAGCUAAUAAAGUUUUUAAUCAAAA